GCGGGGCGGGAGCGCGCGCCCCAGGGAGGGCAAACGCGACCCAGGUCCGGAGAGACGGUCGCCCCUGGAAAGCGCGGGACUUUGGGAGGGGAGGCCUUCGGUCCUCCUCCUCCGGCUUCGCCCCAAAGAAAGAUUCUAGCCCUCUCCAGACCCAAAUACCUCCUCUCGACAAUCACUGUCAUUCUUUGAGAGAAAGGGCGACCACCAGGGAUGGUUUCAGCAAUGGCCUCAUCCUUUCUGAUUCCUGGCCCAGGUCGGUUGUCAUGGUAACCUUCCCCAGUCUGGAACACCCUUAGCCCCCCCUUCCCCCAUCUUUGUGGUUAUAGAGCUCCAAACCUCUCCUGGCCCAGCACCAGGAGGAGGUUGCCAAGGUAACCCAAGUCCCUGGGUGGUCCCUUCUGCCCCUCCUCUCAUUGGUUACUAUGGCAACUUCACCUAGCUCUCAGGUAGAAAGGAACCCAGCCCCAAGGACACUGAUUGCUGAGGGAAACCUCUUUCCCAACCCCUCCCCCCCAGCCACCCAGUUGGCAUUACCAUGGUAACUAUCUCCCCCUUUCCCAUGGUGGGAGGUCCAGGGACCAAACCAACCAGGUGUUUUUAUUUAGAGGAGGAGAUGCUCUGCUGAGGAGUAGUUACUAUGGUUACAAGGCCUGGACCAUCCCCAGGUUGAUGAGAAACAGGCAAGGCAAAGUCCUGGUUGCUAUGGUGAUGGGGGCAGUCCCCUUUCCAGUGACCCUAGGAACCAGGCUUAUCAAGGUUGAAGACAUUUUAGGAUUGUUUCAGGAUGGAGUGUGUCUAGGCAAGAGGUUGUCAUGGUAACACCUUCUGUCACUUCUAGCCCUACCUUUCUGUACACAUUUAUGAAAGAAGGGAUGGUUAUAUCCCUAUGACAUCCUUCCCUCCCAUUCAUAAGAUGCUUCAAGUGGUGCCUGAGCAUAUGGGACUUAAAGAGAAAUGAUUCCCUGACCUUCUCAUUCCCACUUUGUAGGUAAGAUGAAAUGGUGCUCUAUUGUGUGAAAUUGGCUGAUUUGGAGUUUUCUGGUUCUCCUUUCCUCAGAAGUGCAGCUGAGCUGGGCUAGGACUGUCCCCCUGGAGCUCCUUCAGCCUGCAACCUAGGAGGAUACCCGCGAAGCCCAGCUAGGGCCUGACUACAGCCCCAUGCGGCUCACCCGCUGCCAGGCUGCUCUGGCAGCUGCCAUCACCCUCAACCUCUUGGUCCUGUUCUAUGUCUCGUGGCUGCAACACCAGCCCAGGAACUCCCGGACCCGGGGCUCCCGCCGUGUAUCUGCCUCGGGCCCCCGCGUCACCGUCCUGGUGCGGGAAUUCGAAGCCUUUGACAACGCGGUGCCAGAGCUGGUGGACUCCUUCCUGCAGCAGGACCCUGCCCAGCCGGUAGUGGUGGUAGCCGACACGCUCCCUUACCCGCCCCUGGCCCUGCCCCACGUCCCCAACGUUCGCCUGGCGCUGCUCCAGCCUGCCCUGGAUCGGCCAGCCGCAGCCUCGCGCCCCGAGACCUACGUGGCCACAGAGUACGUGGCCCUGGUGCCCGACGGGGCGAGGGCCGAGGCGCCUGGCCAGCUAGAGCGCAUGGUGGAGGUGCUUCGAGCCGGAGGCUCACGCCUGGUAGCCGCCCCCGUCGCCUCGGCCAACCCUGCCCGGUGCCUGGCCCUGAACGUCAGCCUGCGGGAGUGGACCGCCCGCUAUGGCCCGGCGCCCUCUGCACCCCGCUGCGAUGCCCUGGAAGGAGACGCCGUGCUUCUCCUGCGCGCCCGGGACCUCUUCAACCUCUCAGCACCUCUGGCCCGGCCGGUGGGUACCGGCCUCUUCCUGCAGACCGCGCUUCGCGGCUGGACCAUGCAGCUGCUGGACCUGCCCUUCGCGGCGGCGCGCCAGCCCCCUCUGGCCACGGCCCACGCACGCUGGAACGACGUGGUGGGCGUGCUGGAGGCCGCCGGCGUGCGCUACUGGCUGGAGGGCGGCUCGCUGCUGGGGGCGGCUCGCCACGGGGACAUCAUCCCGUGGGACUACGACGUGGACCUGGGCAUCUACCUGGAGGACGUGGGCAACUGCGAGCAGCUGCGGGGCGCCGAGGCGGGCUCCGUGGUGGACGAGCGUGGCUUCGUGUGGGAGAAGGCGGUAGAGGGCGACUUCUUCCGCGUGCAGUACAGCGAGAGCAACCACUUGCACGUGGACCUGUGGCCCUUCUACCCCCGAAACGGGGUCAUGACCAAGGACACGUGGCUGGACCACCGGCAGGAUGUCGAGUUCCCCGAACACUUCCUGCAGCCUCUCGUCCCCCUGCCCUUUGCCGGCUUCGUGGCGCAGGCGCCUAACAACUACCGCCGCUUCCUGGAGCUCAAGUUCGGCCCCGGGGUCAUUGAGAACCCAGAGUACCCCAAUCCGGCUCUCCUGAGUUUAACAGGAAGCAGCUGAAGCUCCAGUGCCUGCUCCUGGGAUCAGGAGAACAUUCGAGCACAGGGAACUGUCCUUUGUCUUGGUGCCGCUGGCAUUUGGUGGACGGGCUGGGGAUGCCAAGCCGCCUUGCAGGGCCCAGCACAGUCCUAGACAUCAAAGACGUGCCGUGCUCAAGCGUUCCAGAACUGGGACUGCGGGGCUGGAACAGAGUUUUGGAAAAAGAGGGAGAACGAGGGUAGGUUAUGGGGUCAGACUGUCGCGAUUCAGGCCACGGCUCUUCCACUUACUAGGUAGGUGGGCCUGGGCAAGUGUCCCAAUUUCUCUGUGCCUCGAUUUCCUCCAGAAUUCAGUGCGGGCCGUCAGUGUCUAGCACACAAAGAGCCCCAGGACACUUGGCUGUUGGUGUUGAUUCUACCACUAGAGGGCGCCUUUGCCCUAGUUUGAGGCCCAGGUGACGGUUACCCGGGACCACUGCUCUACGGCUUUCGCAGUCUCUUGAGCCUCUGGUCUUCUCUCUAGUCUCCUGCGCCUGGCCAGACAGGAUGACUAUCUUCCCUUCGUUCAGAGAACCUCCUUCCCUCCUGGGAGAGCCCUGUGAGGUGCAUGCUGCUCUUAACCCCACCUGCAGAAAAGGAAACAAGCUCAAAUCUCUGAGAUGCCAAUGUGGUUAAGUAUCAGAUUCUGGAUCCCAGCCCCACUCCAUUUGACUGUUGUACCUCAUUAUUUGAGGUCUCUGCACCUGUUGGCCCACUCACAAGGUGGGCUAAACGCUAACCCUAGCUCACACUUACUGUGCACUUACUGUGUAUCACGCAUCGUCUCAGUGUUUCACAUGGUGUAACUGACAUCCCUCGCCUGGACCCUCCGAGGUGAGAGCUGCUGUUAUUUUCAUUUGACAGAUAGGGAAACUGAGGCCAGGAUGGUAAAGUCACCAGUCCAAGGUCAGACAGCUUGGAGAGUGUCAGAGCAGGGACUUGAACCCAGGCUGCCAGUCUAGAACCUGCACUGAAGUUGUCCACUAUGCCCCUGCCUAGUCAUGGUAGACGGCCUUUCGGAAACCAAACCACUUAGCAGGUAAAGCGAUGGCCUUUCUCUUGUAAUCUUGCACCUAAGAGAAAAUAUUGUUUGGGCAUGUACCUCCAAUAUGUGUAUUUAUUUAUAAACUAUAUCCAGGUACUACUCUUUCUGUAUAUUAGUAAUAAGGGUUAAAUUAUUCCAUUUUAAAAUGAAAAGAAAUAGAGAGGUUUUCAUUUAGCUGCCUCAUCUCAAUGACUUCUGGCACACAGCCCUUGGGUCUAUGCACCUGGCUUUGAGACCACAGGCUCUGAAGUGGGAGAGGCCUGGGUUCAAAUCCCAGCGCUGCCACUUCCUCCCACUGAGGCUCAGACAUUCAAUCCUGACUUCCUAUAACACAGACUCUGUUCUUAACCACUGAACCUGCCAAUGGCUUGCAGUCUGUUAGGUUCCCAGGGAGCAUUCUGGAAACAUGGAGAUGAUUUGGGUUAUCACUGUGAUCAGACAGUGCUCUCAGAAUGCAUGGCCCAGGGAUGGAGAUGUCUUACAAUACAUACAGGGCACCUCCACAAUGAAGCAGUGUCCCUUGUCACGUACAGUUUUAAAAUGUCCCAUUGAAUAUUCAUGAAGGAUGAGUGAUGUUCAAAAUACUUUCCCACUGAUAUGGUAAUAUAAAUAAAUUCCUAUCAAUGUAUGCAUCACUUUAAAAAUAUUUUUAAAUUCUCAAAAUAAUCAAAAUUAUCUAUCUAUACAUAUUUAAGUUGUUGCCAAGAACAUACUUUGAAGCUCAAAUCAUUCUUUUUUUUCCUUUAAUGGAGGUACUGGGGAUUGAACCCAGGGCCUCGUGCAUGCUAAGCAUGCGCUCUGCCACUGACCUAUGCCCCUAACCCCCUCAAAUCAUUCUUCAAUUAUUGUAAUGGUUUUGUUUCAUUUAGAAAUUGUUGGUGUGAUUUCUUAAUUGAAACAGCUGUAUAUGUAUAUACAUAAAUAACAUUAUCUAUAUA